CAGCGCCAUCACUCUACAAGCAAUCCUGGUUAUGGUUUUGGAAACAUGGGCAAACAUUUGUGUUCCCCACAGCCCUCUCUUACCUCAAGUCCCAGCCAAGCAUGAGGGCACUCUGCUGGCCUUCAGUCUGCUCCAGCCCACUGGCAGAUCCUCCCAGGGUUCCAAGUCCAAGCCAAAGCCUCAUUUCCCUAGGGCACUCCUCCUUUGUGACUUCACCCACUGAAGUCACCUGGGAGACAGUGCUGAAUGUUCCAUCUUAGAGUCUUGGCCUCUUAGGAGGCAGGGACAGUAGGCCCGGCCAGCCCAGAGGACUCUCUGUCUACAGUGUAAAUGAGGACACUGCUGGCCCAUGUCCCGCAGGGAUGUAGAGGGCAGCCUCAGAGGCACUGGGCUCUCCCGGCACCAUGGAUGACGCUGCCGUCCUCAAGCGACGAGGCUACAUCAUGGGGAUAAAUUUGGGAGAGGGCUCAUACGCAAAAGUCAAAUCCGCUUACUCUGAGCGCCUAAAGUUCAACGUGGCGGUCAAGAUCAUCGACCGCAAGAAAGCCCCCACAGACUUCCUGGAGAAAUUCCUUCCCAGGGAAAUUGAGAUUCUGGCCAUGCUAAACCACCGCUCCAUCGUCAAGACCUACGAGAUCUUUGAGACAUCAGACGGCAAGGUCUACAUUGUCAUGGAGCUUGGGGUCCAAGGAGACCUCCUUGAAUUCAUAAAAACCCGGGGAGCCCUGCAAGAGGAUGAUGCUCGUAAGAAGUUCCACCAGCUCUCCUCGGCCAUCAAGUACUGCCAUGACCUGGAUGUCGUCCACAGAGACCUCAAGUGCGAGAACCUUCUCCUUGACAAGGACUUCAACAUCAAGCUGUCUGACUUUGGCUUCUCCAAGCGCUGCCUGCGGGACGAAAGUGGCCGACUGAUAUUAAGCAAGACCUUCUGUGGGUCAGCAGCAUAUGCAGCCCCUGAGGUGCUGCAGGGCAUCCCCUACCAACCCAAAGUGUAUGACAUCUGGAGCCUUGGCGUGAUCCUCUACAUCAUGGUCUGUGGCUCCAUGCCCUACGAUGACUCCAAUAUCAAGAAAAUGCUGCGCAUUCAGAAGGAGCACCGUGUCAACUUCCCACGCUCCAAGCACCUGACAGGAGAAUGUAAGGACCUCAUCUACCGCAUGCUACAGCCGGAUGUUAACCGGCGGCUGCACAUAGAUGAGAUCCUCAGCCACUGCUGGGUGCAACCCAAGGCACGGGGUCUAUCCUCUGCAGCCAUCAAGGAGGGGGAGAGCUCCCGGAGCAUUGACCCGCAAUGGACCCCUGAACCUGGCUCUGACAAGAAAUCCGCCACCAAGCUGGAGCCUCGGGAAGAGGCUCGAGCUGAGGCACGACACGAGACACGGCCUGAGACGAAACCUGAGGAGGAUACAGUGCAAGUGGCCAGGCAAUCAGAGACCCUGGGCUUCAGCAGUGAGCAGAUGAUCAGGGAAUCAGAGGAAGGGCCUCCCCAACAGCCUCCAGAGACACACACCUAGUGAGCCUCUUGCAGCCCAGGGGGCUGGCAGGGAAUGAGGCAGAGCUCAUGGCUUGAAGCCUGAGCCCAGAAGGAGUCAAGGGAUGAGCAGAGAAGGAAGACAGUCCCGGAUGAGCCGCUAUUUUCGUCAGUUUCUUCUCCCACCCUUUGAACUUGGUAACUAACAUGGCUAAAGAAGCAAUAAAUCACUAUAUUAGUGCAGACCC